UUUUUGUUAAAUAAUUAUUCUCAUUUUUUACAUUUUGCAGUUUUUAAGCAAAAAUUUAUUGGAACAAUGGAUGUUGACAAGUUACAAGUUGGAGACCUCGUUGCAUGUGAAAUGACUGCUGGCUUUAAAAAUGUUAUUCAUCGUGGUGUUUAUGUAGGCGAAACAGAUGGAAUUGGUGAACACACAAUUAUUCAUAAUUUUUGUGCUUAUUGUACAAGAAAUUCUAAUGGGGAAAUAGAAGGCAGCGAACAAAAUUGGAUUACUGAUGCAAAAAUGGCUUUUAAUGUAAAAACGGGUGGGGGAAUAGUUAUUUGGACGGUAGAGGAUUUUCGUAAUUCAGCAAAUAAUUUUAAAUGGUGGAUUGAUAAUAUGGAAGAAACAUUGGGAAAAGCUAAAUUUAGUGGUAAUGAAGUGGUUGAAAGAGCGAGGAAAGAGCUAGGAAAAAGAGAAUAUCGCCUUUGGACAUGGAAUUGUGAACAUUUUGCAACUUGGUGUAAAUUUGGAGAAGCAAAAAGUCCUCAAAUUAAAUCAUUGUGCAAUAUUGUUUGA